AUGGAAUUCAACCAACAGCUCAAUGCUAGCUGCAACAGCGUCAAUGAUUAUAAUAGUGCCUUUGCUUGUUCAGAUAACGAAACAUUCUCCUUUCCUGCCUUGGUCGAAUUGCUCGACGAGUCUUUAAAUAAUAUAACCCAGACUGAAGAAAUAAGAAAACGUUUUUCCGAGUUUAGUCAAGUUAAAAUCAAAGAACUUACUCGAAAACUAAAAACUGCUCAAAUUAAAGCUGAACGGCCACCAGAAUCUUCUGAAGAAGCGCAUCAUAAAGAAUUGGAUAAUAUUAUUUCUCAACAAAUAAAUAUUUCUACUUCUCUCGAGUCACGCGUUAAUCAGAUAAUGAAUGACACCGAAAAAUUACGCAAUUACAAUGUAGAAGAGGAAUCUAUUCCACCAACAGAUAUUACCUCUAUGUUGCUCUAUAUUUAUCGUAAUCUCGGCAUCGAACUUAUUGAACAAGGAAAUUGUUUGAAGGCUCGAGUCCAAUCUCCUACCAAAAAUGAUAUAUACACAGUGAUGAUUGACGAUAAACUUUCAGAGCAUUUUGUCGCGAAUCAUCUUUGGGAGCUGGCCGAGUGA